GAAAUAUGCAAACAUGAGCUGCGUAGCAAUCGUGAAAACAUCAGGAUAUCAACAAAUGAAGUCUUUUGCUUUUUCAUAAGUACGAUCAACAUUUACAAUCAAGGAAAACAAGUUUCAAACCAUUCGCUUUGUUGAAAUAGUUUUGUUAGUCCAACAAUGUUAGACUCUAUUCACAUACUGCGCUUCGUUGAUUGAACAAGAGAAAAAACAAUAUUGCCGGUGGGAUUGUAUAUCACACAUCUGUAUUAUCAUUCAUUAUCCACCUUCGGUACCAGGCCAUGGCGAUAGCCCAGCGUUGCUGAUGUCAGAACUGGUUUUGCACGAAGCUGCGGCUAGCGGCGACUACCACGAACUCCAAAGCCUGUUGCUCAUGGGGAAAAUUGAUGUGAAUCACAAAGAUGUGGAGUUUGGAGAGAGAACAGCAUUACAUUGGGCAGCGGCUAAAGGCCACGCAAGCUGCAUCAAAUUACUGCUGGAACAUAAAGCAGACGCUACCGCGCGAAUGGUAGGAGGCUGGACCCCAGCUCAUUGCGCCGCCGAAGAAGGUCACGUGAACUGUUUACGCGCUCUUCAAGAACAUGGAGGUGCCGUAUGUUUAAAGGACGACACAGGCGACUCGCCAAGACGCGUUGCAGAAAUUUAUGGACAUGUUGACUGUGUAGAGUUCCUUAAAAGCAUCGAAGAAUCGGGAGAGCAGAGAAUAAUGUACAUUAAAGACACAAUACUCGCUCAAGGACGAAAAAUUGGCGCGACAAAAAAAGCGAAUUAACGACGUACAUGAUUUUAAUUGUAUCAACUCUUCGUUGGAAAAACUUUAAUGGAAAGAUUAUUGUAAUCCAUUGUCAAUUUAUAUCUAUGUGAUAUAUCUCUGCGUUACAAUGAUCUUAAUGAAGAAAUUACUGUCAUAUAUUAACUUAUAAAUUUGUAGUAAACUGUGUACAUAUCAAUGUUAUACGUAAUUUAAAUUAUGAAUAUUAGUAUGUUCUUCUUGA